CACAGUUCUCUAUAGAUUCAAGUUCCAAAAUGAUAUCAUGACUCUAUCUUAUGUGGAUAUGCCCGCCGUAAUUGAAAUUCAGGAACGCCUUAGUGGCCAUGGCAGCUUGGGUCUUUCCAGCAGUAGCCCGGCUUAUACAACUCAUUCAGGUGGGCAUUCGGGUCGAGGAGGUCCCGCGUCCGGACACAGUGGACAUAGUGGGACCCAUGGGUCGGCAGCAACCAUGCAUCACCAAUCAUUGCAGUCUGAUUUUCAGCCCCCGUAUUUUCCACCACCUUUUCAUCACUCUGCUCAGAGCCCUCCCCAGCAACAGAAUCAUGGACCGCUUGAGUACUUAGGCACAGAUCCCUACGGCCAGCCCCUAUCCUCAUUGCAUCACGCCCCACUUCAUCACUACAACCAGUUGGCUGGCCUUAGGUCGACACAAGAUCAACUGGGAAUUCAUAGAACUCAUAGGGAAGACUUACAAGGUCAUGUUACUCAGUUGUCUCACGGCUUUCCAUAUACGGAACGAAGAAGCGAUUACGGCAGUGCAAUAUCAGCUGGAGCAGCGCAUGGAUCAAGACUCGGACAUGAACAUGAAUCUUUGGCCUUACAUCAAGCGUUGCAGAAUGCCGUUGAUGAUGUCCAAGCACCUGCCCUGGAUGAAAAUGUGACGUUCAUGUCAGACUUACCUCUAAUAAAAAGCAUGAAAAGUGGGAAGGAAGCUGGAAGCCUUGGCUCUGGAUCGCCUAGUGAGGUGUUUUGUGCAGUUCCGGGUCGACUUAGUCUUCUAUCAAGUACAUCGAAAUAUAAGGUCACCAUUGCCGAAGUCCAACGCAGAUUGUCACCGCCCGAAUGCCUAAAUGCAUCAUUACUUGGCGGGGUGUUAAGAAGAGCAAAGAGCAAAAAUGGAGGCCGCCUUUUGAGGGAAAAGCUUGAGAAAAUCGGUCUAAACCUACCGGCCGGACGGCGAAAAGCUGCUAACGUCACACUUCUAACAUCUUUAGUCGAAGGAGAAGCAACACACUUGGCCAAAGAUUUUCACUUUGUUUGCGAAACUGAGUUUCCAGCCAGACAAUUGGCUGAAUAUAUUGUACGGCAUCAAACAGAACCCCAGGAUUCCUAUCGGCGAAAAGAAAUUAUACUUCACUCACAACAAGUAUGUUACUACUAA